AUUAAACACUCAUCUCGAUAGAAAGACAAGGACUCCGGUCCGAAAAGAAACUCAAGGCUGCUGUGGAACUACGACAAAGACUGCCAAUUCUUCAGUGGAGAUACUUUUUAUCUUUUUUUUUUUUUUUUUUUAUUCACCUGUUUAUUGGCUUAUCAUGGCGUUUCUGAUCUACCUGACUUUACUGACAACAGCCGUCACCUCACAGGUGACCGCUAGCUGCCCCGCUGUGUGCGACUGCCCCGCCAAGCCCCUGAUUUGCCCUCCAGGAGUGAGCGCAGUGCCGGACCGGUGCGGCUGCUGCAAGGUGUGCGCCGCUCAGCUGAACCAGGACUGCAGCCCCACGAGGCCCUGCGACCACCACAAAGGGCUGGAGUGUAACUACGGCAACGAUGUGACGAUGGCCUGGGGCGUCUGUCGAGCAAGAUCAGAGGGACGCACAUGUGAGUACAGCGGCAGGAUCUACCAAAACGGUGAGAGUUUCCGCGCCGGCUGUAAACACCAGUGUACCUGCAUCGACGGCGCUGUCGGCUGUGCUCCUCUGUGUGACAACAAGCUGCCUCCGGCCUCUCCGUCCUGCCCCUACCCGCGCCUGGUCAGGAUACCCGGGCAGUGCUGCUUCAGUGUGGACUGCAACAAGGGCACCUGGAGGCUCCCGCCUACACAUAAGGUGCCUCCACCACGACAACACCUGCCCGGACCUCAGCAGCACCCUGCCCUGCAGCGGCCUCAAAACAAGCUGACCAAUGAGCUCACAGACCUCAAGUCUGACGGCUGGGAGAGAGAACGCGGCUACAAACACCUGCCAGUGUGGAACCAUCUGAAAGAGAAGAAGUGUCAAGUCCAGACCACCGACUGGUCCCAGUGCUCCCGCAGCUGUGGGCUGGGCGUGUCCUCCAGAAUCACCAACAAGAACCCCCAGUGCAAGCUGGAGAGAGAGACCAGAAUCUGCACCGUACGGCCCUGUGACGGCCUCUCUGUCCCAGCCAAGAGAGGGAGGAAGUGCUCUCCUGCCCAGAAGGCCCCCGAGCCCGUCCGCCUGUCCUACGGAGAGUGUUUGAGCGUCCGUCUGUACCGGCCGAACUACUGCGGCGUGUGCACGGACGGACGAUGCUGCUCGCCGCGCCGCACACGAACCGUACCUGUGACCUUUGUCUGCCCGGAAGGCGAGCGCUUCCAGAGGUCGGCGAUGUUCAUCCAGUCGUGUAAGUGCAGCGAUGACUGCGGCCACUUAAACGAAGUGGCCCUCCCCCCGCAGCACUGGAUGUACGGGGACACGCACAAGUUCAUCGACUAGAACUGGAGGAGGAGUUUUGUUUUUUUAAUUUUAAAACGGGAUGAGGUCGACUUUCAUGACGAAGGCAGACGCUUCAAGACGAGGGCCAUUUUUUCACAUCUGGCACCAAGUGAACUGAAACCACACAGACGCACCUGAGCGCCAGACAUCAGGCAGGAAGAGCCGCCUCUGUUUAUUCACGCUCAUAAAGGCAACCAUAUCGUUUUAUUAUUGUGUGACCGGAGUGGAUUGUACACUUGCCUGCUCCUGUUCAAACAGACAAGGGGCCCAAAUUAGAGCCCUGAAGCAUCCCUCGACUUCCUUCUCUCCGGGCUGAUUACCGGUCCGGGUGUGGAGGAUUAUUUUUUCGUUCAGAGACUCUCAGAUCAGCCUGAGAGGAGAGACACGACGAGAGCAACGACGCACUUUGUUUUAGCACUGAAACUUUGUGAAAGCAAGAACACAACGGUCACCUCUCCUGCAGCAACAUCUGCACCAUGCCUAUAGUAUGUUUUGGUGGAAGACUUCAUAUCCCAGAGUGCAUUGCGACAAGAAAAAGAGCGACUGACCAUCCUCAUCCUCCAGGUUUAAAUCAAUAUAGCCGUUUUCACAUAUGCAUUCCUGAAAAUAUAGAGAUAAUUUUGGGAUAUUCUCCUGACCUAGCUGUUCACUUCCCCUGUCAGACAGGAGGGGGCGCGACGGGGGGGGGGGGGGGGUCCUGAUGUGAGACUUGACGAUAAAUAAAACCUUCACACAUACAGCUCCUCCUGCAAAUAUCAGGAGUUUUCUGCAAGUGUGAAAGCCCUAUAUGUGGACAAGAGGGCACAUUUUUAUUCAAAAUGUAUAAAAAUGAGCCUGUUAUGAACACGCAGACUAAAUUUUGUAGCUCUCGCUUCCGCACCACGAUCACUGGUCGAACACCUGAUGUCUCCUCGCUCCAACUUUUAUUGCUCAGGCCUUGAUUGCUUAUCAGCUGCAAACAGACGGAGGAGGAGGAGGAGCAUGUGGAGAGCAAAGUAGAGGGAGAGAGAAAGAAAACAAACACAGCCCCUAACAGUUUUGUUUUCUGACUUUAAGAAGCAGAGAAGGGUUUCCUACAACUUCACCAAACUACCGGGGUGCAGGGAGGGUGAAUGGAUUGCAGAGGUCAAAAAGCUCCAGCAACAUUUGCAGUUUGAAGAUCAACUUUAUUAAACCGUCUAGUAAAAAGGUUGCUCUUCAUACCUUGCAUAAGUGCUGCUGCAGCUUUUUGACCUUUUCUGCUUUUAAUGCAGCUAAAAAAAUGUCUUACGCAAAACCUGUUGGUCAAACAAUAUAUACGUGUAUUUCUUUAUUGGACAAACCAGUGAAGCUGUCAGAUGUUUCCGUGGGUCCAUACGUGUUAUAAAAGCGGCUGCUGCUGAGCUCCGGUUUCAUGAGGUUUUAUUUUGACACAUUAGUUCAAAGUUGGCAGCCCGGUUACAGGGAGCAGCCAACUGUAGGUAUGUCUUCUUACUAAGACGGCAGCGCCCUCUGCUGGUGAGGAUAAUAAACUACAGUCAAAGGUG